CAUCAGAUCAGAGAAAAUAAUAUCAACACAAAUAAUAACGCAAUAAAUAUGGAGUUUCUAGUUAUUUAUUUUGCCUUUGACAAUGCAUUUGAAGCAGUCAAUAUGUCAAAGGUAGAAUGUGAUAAAACAGAGGCGGAAAUGGUGAAGGGAACUAAAUGCCAGGUACCUUUCGAGACCGAAAGCAUCAGUGAGGAUGGCAAAGACACUGUGGAGACAAAACUUUAUGAUGGCAUUAUUCUCUGUUCUGGACAAGUUAAAAAGAAAGCAGAAGAGUUGGCAAACCAAUGUCAAAAGAAAUUAACAGAUGGUCUACCAGUUCAGACAUUGUUUAAAGAUUUUCAAGCCAACACCAAAAGAAAUGCCUCAUCCAAAUUAACAGAGGCCAUAAAGGAGCUACAAGAUGAAGAACCAUGUCCAUCUGAGAAGAAGAAAGUGAAAAAGGACAAAGUCUCAACCAAGUCAACUAUUAAGUCUAAGAAAGUACAUGUAGCAACAUCAAAUGGUUCAGCAAAACCCGCCAAAAAAUCAACAGAUACAUGUAAGGCUACAGCUGUUAAGAGUGCUCUUCAUCCUGAUAAGAUGGCUGAAAUUUCAGCAAUGUUGAACAUAGAACAGUCUCAAGGAAAAGAAGAUCUAAAUUUGGUUAAAGUUAUGAGCAGUACUACUUGUACUUCAACACCUAAAAGACAGGACAUAUGCAGCCCAAAAAAGACAGUCACUUCUAUGUAUGAAGAUAUAUCACCUGUUAAACAGACAGUUACAAUUGAUCCCAUAUCAAUUGCAAGUUUAAGGCGCUCACCAAGAAAACACUGUAGUUCAGUUCUGUUUACCCACAAAUUGGAUGAUGCAGUACAAAUACAUGUACCAAAAGAAAACAUAUCAACAAUAGGCCAGUCAACUGACAAAUGGGAUGGUGUUUUUGUCGACUCAGUUAAUAGCAUCUAUGACAUGGACAAGAAAGAAGUGCAUGAAUUGCAUUCGAACUUUGGGAAAGAAACUGAUGAGUUUGAAAAACUUAACAAUGAUCAUGACAUGCCAACAGACAGUAGUCAAGAGCAGACUAAAAAGGAACUUAUAUGUAAUCGUAAGUUUUUAUAAA